AUGGUGAUGAUGCAAGGGGCACGCAUUUAUGGGCUGCUGGCUGACGGCGGAGUUAGGCUAGAAUUGACUCCAACCACCAGUUCACCGUUGUCCAUAGACGUCGCUGAGUCGCCUGAGAUGCGCAUCCAACGUCUGAUAUCCGAGAAUCCUGUGAUCAUCUUCAGCCGCUCGUCUUGCUGCAUGUGCCACGUCAUGAAACGGCUGCUCUCCAAGGUCGGGGUUCACCCGACCGUCAUCGAAUUGGAUGAGGAAGAGAUCUCCGCCAUAGGAGGUGGCGGCGCUGCGCCUCCGGCGUUGUACAUAGGUGGCACAAGCGUUGGUGGACUGGAAAAUCUCGUGGCACUUCACUUGAGUGGUCAUCUAGAGCCCAAACUUAAAGAAGUUGGUGCUCUUACAAAUAUGCUGACGCCGCUGCCCCUGUGGUGCUGGGACUUGUCGUCUGGUGGGCUCUCUGUAUACUUGCCGUCUCUUACUUCUGGACACGUCAGGUACAGAACCAGUGGGGAAGAAGAAAGACCAGAACCAGGAUGA